UCUCGCGAGGGCGAACGUCAUCAGUCCUCGUGACAGUGCGCGAAGAUGGUGCACAAAUAUGCUGCCAGCUUAGUGAUCACGUAUACGUGAUAGUGUGAUAUUUGUUUUUGGCGGUCAAAUUUAAAACCUUUCGAAAAAUCCAAUAUCUAAAAUAUUAUAUUUUUCGUGGUGGAAUGUGUAUAUGCGAUCUCGACAUGAACACAAUUCGAUAUCUCAUUUAUUUUCAAUAUCUCGGUACCAGAUAUAGCGGUGUGAUGAAGGCUCCUUCUUUCCAACCAGUCCAAGGGGUUCAGAAUCAUUUGGAGAAUGCAGUACGGAAGUUGAAGCCAAUCAAUGAGGUGUCCUUUUGCAUAUCCAGUCGGACUGACACAGGAGUCCAUGCACUUUGUAACUCUGCACAUUUGGACAUUCAGCGAAAGCCUGGCAAGCCCCCACUCACAGGGCAGGUCCUAACAAGAGCACUUAAUUUUUACCUUAAGCCUGAACCUAUUAGCAUUAUAAGAGCAAUCCAAGUGCCAGAUACAUUCCACGCACGACAUUCUGCCAUUUCAAGAACAUAUGUUUAUCGCUUAGCCACAAAAGUCAGUCAUCAUACUCAAUUGCCCAUGACAGACAAGAACCUCUGCUGGUCCUUAUCAGACAUGGAACUGGAUGUCAAAGCUAUGAAGGAUGCCAGUACCUUGCUGCUUGGUACUCAUGACUUUAGUUCCUUUCGUGCACUCAGCUCUGAUGCCUCCUUCAAGAAUCCUGUAAAAACACUGCUUUGUGCACAAAUUGAACUGAGCCCAGGGUCCUUCUCUCAGAAGCACUUCCACAGGGAUGUACAGUACUGGGAACUUACUUUCAAAAGUAGAUCUUUCUUAUACAAGCAGGUUCGUAGAAUGACUGGAGCAUUAGUGGCUGUUGGACAAGGAAAACUCUCUGUCUCAGACCUCCAGGCAUUGCUAGAGGCCAAGGACUCUCGGGCUUAUCCUCAAAAUAUAGCUGCCCCUCCUGAUGGCCUUUUUCUAACCAAUGUGGAAUACAGGCAGUCAGAUUUAAUUUAAUUUCUGAAAGAUCCUUCGGAGUGAUGAGAGGAGUGCAUAAGUGAAUUAAAAUGUGCUUUGAUAUACUUUUCCCCUAUUGUUAUCCUUACUUUAGUACAUUUAUAUAUCAGUAGGUGAGCAUGUGCAAUUUUAUUUGACAGAAAAUGCUACAAGAAUUUCUAAAUUCAGUAAAAAUUUAGAAAUGUGCAAAAUGUGCUCACCACUCCGAACUCAGCUGGCUAUAUUUAAAUCAGAAAAAAUAUGGCAAUUUUACGAAGACCUGGGAAGGCGUGGUGACGAUUUACUACAAAAUUGUAAUUCUUAGUAAACUAGUUUUACAUGGUCUGUAAAGAAUGCUGAAAUGAUUGGAAAUCAUUGUUUGAAUAAUGACUAGCUCAUUUUGCUGAUUAAUGGAGUUUUCAGCUUUUACGGUACUUGGGUUUUUUUAGUUUGUUUUUUGAAAAUUAGACUGUAAACCACAUGAAAUACUUUCUGCAGUGUUCUUGCUAUGAAAAGUAUUCCUUGCUAAGUUUUGCACAGUUUAGUAGUACUGGAUGAUACUGGAAAAAAGGAGCUGAAAAUGUAUGCAAAAUAAAUUACAGCCAAAUAGAACCUAAUACUGUCAAAUAAUUUGUGGUGUUUCCAUGAGUUAUGCUCAUGCAUUUUCAUAUUAUGUAUUUAUAUUAUCUCGUCUCAUUGCAGUCUAACAUAUCCUAUAUAGUAGACAAAUGUCUUUUUCUGACCAGUUCUUGUUCAAUUUGUCUCUCAUUUUUAUUAAAUUUCUCUCACCAUGUCACACUUUCGGAAUAAGUCUGACAGCAAGAAUGAAAAUGAUUGAUUGACUUGGAAAGCACUUGUAGAGGUAAUAGAAUAUAAGUGGUAAACUGUACACGUUUUUGUCUUGUAUUGAAUUUUAUUAAAUUCCAACAUUAAAAAAGAGAAUAUAAA